GACCUGGGGAACUUGGCCGCGACGCUUCCAGCUCAAGUGUCACCAACCGGCUCUCGUCUAAUUAUAAUACCUUCCAAACUAAGAAGGUCUUUCUGAACCUCUUCGACUUCCUGCUACCGGGUGCUCUUGUUCUUUCUCAACCGUUGCACCUACCUCGCCCUUCCCCGUUCAGCGCUCGACUUGUAUCCCUUUUCCCCUCUCAAACCGCAGCUGUCUCUACUCCGAUUCUCCCAUUCUCCUCCCACGCCAUUUCAAAGAAGCCAUGUCCCCCACGUACGAUGCCGGGGCUUUGAUGAAGGCGAUUAAGCAGCCUCCACCCCCCGGCUCUCCGUAUGCAUUGCCAGUCCCUGGCACCGAGCGCGAAGGCCGCUCGCCCGUCUACCGCCACUGGCGCUUUCAAAACGGCCCGCUGCUCGAGACCUUCCACCCCAGCUUACAGACUUUCCACGACCUCUUUGAGAACUCUCUGGCGAAGCGGCGUAAUAAGCAGUGCCUGGGCUGGAGACCUUGGAACCCGGCAACGAAGACUUGGGAGGAACACUAUGUCUGGAUAACCUACGGGGAGGUGGGAGAGCGCAGAAAGAAUUUCGGGGCGGGCAUCGUCGAGGUGCACCAAAGGGCCGGAAUCACCCAGGACAAGUACGGUGUUGGUCUCUGGGCGCAGAACAGGCCCGAGUGGCAGAUUACUGAUCUCGCGCUCGUCUCACAGUCGCUCUGGUGCGUCUCCCUCUACGAGACACUAGGGCCAGAGGCUAGCGAGUAUAUCCUCAACCAUGGGUCGCUGGCCUGUGUUAUCUGCUCGUUGCCGCAUGUCCCCGCCUUGCUGAAGCUGGCUCCCCGGGUCCCUUCCCUCAAGAUUAUUAUCUCCCUGGACCCACUCGACGCCGGAGAACCCGAUGGCCAUUCUAAGCUUGCCCUGUUGAAUAAUGCUGCCGCCGAGCUUGGCAUUCAGAUCUACUCAAUGGAAGGAGUUGAAGCCAUUGGUGCCCAGUCCGGCCGGCCCAUGCGGCCGCCUCAUCGGGACGAUACCCUGACCAUCAACUACACCUCGGGCACCACCGGAGACCCAAAGGGCGUCGUGCUCACCCACGCCAAUGCGGUUUCCAGCGUUACGAGCGCUCUGUUCACUGACAUGGUGCGCCAGGACGAUAUUGGCAUAUCCUACCUGCCAUUGGCGCACAUCUACGGGCGGACCGGAGACCAGACUGCUUUGGCCGCAGGAGCCCGCCUCGGCUUCUUCCAUGGAGACAUCACGGCUUUGGUGGAGGACAUGAAGAUCCUGCGGCCCACCGGACUCCUGUCCGUGCCCAGAUUGUACAACCGCAUCAGUGCCGCGGUCCAGACCGCAACGAUCGAGGCGGAUGGUAUCAAGGGGGCUCUUUCUCGGCAUGUUGUCAACACCAAGAAGGCCUCCAUGAAACUGCCUCCGGGACAGGCCCACAACACUCAUUUCCUCUAUGACAAGAUAUGGACACCCAAGGUUCUGAAGGGGGUCGGCUUGGAGCGUGCCCGUACCAUGAUCAGCGGCAGUGCCCAGCUAGACCCCGACGUGCAGAAUUUCAUCCGAGCAGCCUUCGGCAACCAGUUCUCCCAGGGCUGGGGCAUGACUGAGACCUAUGCCACCGGAACUGUCCAGUUGCCCGGCGACUUCACAAUCGGGAACAUCGGACCGCCAUUGCCGUGCAUCGAGGUCUGCAUCGAGUCGGUCCCCGAGUACGAGUACACCGUGGACGACAAGCCGCACCCGCGUGGCGAGAUGCUCGUGAGGGGACCCGUCGUCUUCAAGGAGUACUUCAAGAACCCCGAGGAGACGGCCAAGUCGCUCGAGGCCGACGGCUGGUUCCAUACGGGCGACAUCGUCGAGGUCGACGACAUGGGCCGCUUCCGCAUCAUCGACCGCAAGAAGAACGUGCUGAAGCUCGCGCAGGGCGAGUACAUCUCGCCGGAGCGCAUCGAGAACGUCUACAUGGGCAGCUCGAGCCUCGUGGCCAUGGCCUACGUGCACGGCGAUCCCACGCAGUCGGCCCUCGUCGCCGUCAUUGGCGUCGACCCGGACAGCUUCGCGCCCUUCGCCAGCAGCGUGCUCAAGCGGCCCGUCGACGCCGCAGACAGGCAGGCCGUCAAGGCCGCCACCGACGACCCGCGCGUCCGGAGGGCCUUCCUCAAGCUGCUGGACGGCAUCGGCAAGAGCCAUAAGUUCAACAGCUACGAGCGUGUGCGCAACUGCUACCUGGACAUCGAGCCCUUCUCCAUGGAGAAUGAGCUCCUCACGCCGACGCUCAAGUUGAAGCGGCCGCAGACGGCAAAGGCUUUCAGGGCGCAGAUAGAUCGCAUGUAUGAGGAGAUCGCGGCGGAGGCCUCGGCCAAACCGAAGCUAUAGGCCGCCAAGGAUGACACGGGGCUCGUGUUGUUAUUUCUGUUGUGCAGUGUACAAGUACUAUUUUGGAGAGGGCUGGAGAGGAUUCGAUAUGGAUGAAUCUACCCAGCAAAUACCACUGUGGCCUCUGCGCCCAGUCACUGAGACCUGUAAAGAACCAAUACGUAGCGAGAAUGCAAGCUAGUUGACUGCUU